GCCUGGAGACACAGGUGCGGGGCGCCCUGGGCCCGGAGAUACAGGUGCGGGGCGCAGACGCCUGCAGCGGCCCCGCUGUGCUCAGCUGGGAAGGGGGUGGGAGCGAUGCGGGAGCCGCGCCCCUGGAAGUAGCUGCAGGGGCGGCUGGCACUCACCUCGGCCCAGCAAGGCUGCUGCAGGUGAUGGCUGACCUGGCCCCUCAGGCGCCCAGGACUUGGCUGCAGACCCCUCGAGCUCUCAGGGCCUCUCGCAGCAAACGGGAGCCCGCCUUCCGCAGGCGGGCAGAUGCCCCGGCGCCCUCUCAACAUCCUGCACGGCGCUCUUAGUGCAGAGCUGAGGCCGCCCUUGGCCCUGGGUUCAAGCCCUGGCUGCCUGCCUGCUGCCACCAUCCCCGCACCAGCAGGCCCCUUAGUCGCUGCGUUGAGACUUAGCUUGAGGAUUGUUGGUGCUGAGCGAGAUGACGGGUAAAGCCCGGCUCCCUGGCCUGCGCCGCUCCCCGGGCCGGCUCUGCCCCUUUGCAGUCGGGUCUGAUGGGCUGUCCUUUCUUUCCUACCUCCUUUCCUCAGCUACAGCAGAGCAGCUGAACACAGCCGUGCGGGGACAUCAGGGUUGAGGACACAGCCCAGCCUCUGCCCCCUCUACCAGCACCCUGCCUGCCAGCGCUUGGGCAUCAGGACGGGCACCCGGCACACAGGAAGGUGUUCCGAGGCCUAGACACACAUGGCCGAGGUGGGGGCCGGCGAGCCCUCUCCUGGCAUGGAGGUCGAGCAAGGGACAGAGUAUGACGUCCUGCCUCCCCACACCCUCUCUCUCAGCGACUCCGACUCUGACCUCAGCCUGCCUGGCAGUGUGGAGCUGGAGGCUCUGUCCCCAGAGGGGCCACCUGGGGAGGCCCAGGGGGACUCAGGCCCUGACACGCCACCCUCGCCGCCCAGGGCCCCCUUGGCAGCUGCUGUGCAGCCUUUCCACUUGCGGGGCACAAGCAGCACCUUCUCCCAGCGCAGCCACAGUAUCUUUGACUGCCUGGAGGGGGCGGCUAGGCGGGCUCCAGCCCCCACGGUCCAGGCUUUUGUGGGUGACAGUGGGGGCUUCAAGCAGCCCCUGGUGCCCUCAGGCCGGCCUCUAGCAGAGUGCCCAGGCAGAGCCAGGCAGAACCUUGUCCCCUCAAGGUUACCCCCUGUUCCCGACUACGUGGCCCACCCUGAGCGCUGGACCAAGUAUAGCCUGGAAGACGUGGCCGAGGCCAGCGAGCAGAGCAACCGGGCCGCCGCCCUGGACUUCCUGGGCUCCCAGAGCUCAGCUGCCCCCAGCGACUAUGUGCCCUCGUUCAACCAGGACCCGUCUAGCAGUGGGGAGGGAAGAGUCAUCUUCACCAGACCAACCCGAGCUACCGAGACCAGACCUGAGAGGAAGAGGGCCCUAAGGAAGGCAGGGGAGCCUGGUGGGGGCGAGGGGUCUGUGGAGCUGGCUCACCUGGCCAGGCCUGGGAGCCCAGAGGCUGAGGAGGCAGGCAGCCCUCAGGGGGGCCUGCAGGAGGUGGGCAUGCCCGAGGGCGUCCCCCACAGUGUGCCAGCGGCCGGCCCCCCUGCUGUGGAGACUGUGGGCUUCCACGGCAGCAGGAAGCGGAGUCGAGACCACUUCCGGAACAAGGGUGGGGGCCCUGACACCCCAGGUGCCGAGGCCUGACAGCAGAGACUGCGCCCAAUUUAGGAGUCCUGCCCCUUGGGCAGGGAGCCUGGUGGGCAGCCUGUAGGUGGCGCCAGUGGCCCUGCCUGGGGCUCAGGCAAUGGUCUUUGGAUCCGAAACCUUGCCAAAGGGACUGGAAGCCCUGGACUGCUGGGUGUCCAUGGGGGACAAUAAAGGUUUGGGGUAUUUCUCA